GCUCCUCCUCUUCUCCAUAUCCUUCUCCCGAGCGGCUCUGCUGACGUGUCUGCUUUACUUCCCCCCCCUCCACCAGUUCGGCAGCCCUCGUCAACUAAAACAUGGCUGCGGCGCGGCGGCGUCUUUCCCGAGCGCUCCCGCUGUUCGCACUGCUGCUUUGUAUUCCGGCGGCUCCCAGUCAUGCCAGUCGAGACCCGGACCGCCGGUUCGCCGAAUUCAAACGCUGCGCCGAUCCCGAAUGUAGCAUGUUAAUGUGUCGAGGAAAAGCAGUAAAGGAUUUUAAAGGUCCAGAUUGUCGUUUUGUAAAUUUUAAAGAAGGUGAAUCGAUAUAUGUUUAUUAUAAAUUAAUUGGAAGAACAAAUGAGCUUUGGGCUGGAAGUGUUGGAAAUGUAUUUGGAUAUUUUCCCAAGGAUCUACUUGAAAUAAAUCAUAUUUAUACUCAUGAUGAGCUAGAAUUACCAACAGAUGAAACAGAUUUUGUUUGCUUUGGUGAAGGCAAAGAUGAUUUUGACAAUUAUGAUGUGAAUAAACUUUUAAAACUAUCAAAAAACAUGGAAAUGAAAAAAACAAAGUCUGAAACAAUAAAAGAAGAAGUGAUUGAUUGGACAGUUUCUACUGAUCCAGAGAUUGAUCAUGGUUUUAAAGCAGACUUAAAAGGCAAUGAGGACUAUGGCGAACACAGCACUUUUCUCCAUAAAAAGAAUGAGAAUGUAGAAGCAGCUCUUGAUUCUAAGGGGGAGAGCCUUGGUGUAAGUCAGGAGGCAGACAUUUCUCAGGGAGAUGAAAAUGCACAUCAGCCUUCAGAAGAAAUGCUGCAGGAAACAUUACAAGUGCCAAAACAUGAAAGUGCCAAAAAUCAUAACAACUCUCAGGGUGAAACUGAACCAUCAGAUUAUGUAGAUAAAAAUGAUGCUGCUCAUACACUUUUGCACCGCGAAGUAUCGGAAGAUUUGAAAACAACAUUUGGCUCAACUGCAGAUGCCUUUGUGUCUGAUGAUGAGACAACAAGCCUUGUUACAUCACAGGAUGAUGACGAUUUCAGGGAAGAACUGGACAUUUAUUCUUAUGAUAUAGAGAAGCAACAAGAACCAGAGACACAAUCAGAAAAAAUUACUUCAUUAUCAUUAGUACAAGAAGAAAUCAUAUUAUCAAAAAACCCAGAAGCCGAAAAGCUGUCACCUGAUGAAGUAUUUGAAUCAGAAGCAAACAGUGAUAGUGAGCAUGAUAACGAGGAUGAAGAUGAUGGUAAUAAUAAUGGUGAUAAUACUGGGGAAGCUGCUGCAAAACUGCAGCAUGAAACAAAAGACGAUUCUGCACAUUUGGGGGAUAAUUUUUUUGCAGAUGUCAGUGAGGAUGAAAGAAUAGUUGAUAUAACUGAUGAUCAAACAGGAGAAGAAGGAGAAGAAGAAGCUUUAUUUAGAAAACAGCAAAAUACUGAGCAUGUGUUAACCCAUUCAGAUACUUCAACUGAAGAUGAUCCUUUAAUAUCAGAACAUGAUUCUAUUAAAGAACAGGUGCAUGAUGUAAAUAUCAGAGACCUUACAGGAGAAACAGAUACAACUCAGUACAAUGCAAAUGAGAAUGCAAAAAAUGAAGAGCUGACAAGAGAAGAACUGCCAAGCACUUCUACAAGUACUUUGAGUUCAUUUGCUCAUGUGGAAGACCAGCAAUCAUCUAUAAAAACAAUAGAAGAAAUAUUAAGUCCACCUCUAGAUAUCAACGUUGAUCCAGAAGGUCUUUCUCUAAAUAAAAUAAUGAAAGAUAGUGAAAGAGGGGAAGAAAAAAGUGAGGACAAUAACUUGGAAAAAAUGAGCAAAACAGAUGAGAAAGAUAGUCAGCAAGUGAACAUAGUACUAGACUUGUCAGAGGACCUAAUGAAUAAGUCGCUAAGUGAUUUGGAUGAUGGAAAAACAAAGUAUGAUGCAAAGGAACAUAAAGAAGAUUUUGAAUUAACAAAGAUUUUCAGUAGUAAAAAGCAAUCAAAUAUCUCUGCCAUGGGAAAAAUUUCCACUGAAAAAAAUAUGAAAGUGCCUAUUGAACAGCCUCAACAAGGAACUGCAAUGCAGGAUUUAAAUAGUGAAAAGAAUGAUAUUACCAGUACCAAGAAAACAUUUGAGAAAAAAACUGUUCUAGAAAAAUCUAAGAUAGUUACCCAACAUAGAAACCAUACUCAACAUAACAUUGAUUACAUUGAAGAUGAUUAUUUAAAUACAGAAAAAUCACUCACAGAAUUCCUGCCUAUAGACCUAGAAGAUGAAGAUGAUGAUUUCAUUGAAGAAAUAGAAGAGGAGUUACUACAAGAUGAAAAUGCUGAAAGUGCAAAAUUAUCUAAGGAGCAACGGAUAGAUGACCAGAGUUUCAAAUUAGAUACUGAUAUUCCAAGUCCUCAACUGCAAAUGCCAAAUAAUGCUAUUUUAAAAAGUGCUAAUCCUGUUGACGAAAUAGGAGAAGAAGCAAUGACACUUGAUCAGGCUAAGGAAGAAGUUGUGGGAGAAGAAAUUAACGAGGCCAGUGAUGAGGCAAUACAACUAAAUUAUAAUUCCCAGCAGAGUAAAAUGAAGAGAAAUGAAGACAAUGAGGAGAAGAUGAAGUUGACAAUAUUGUCUGAAAUUAAAACAUCUCCACAUGAUAAAAUAAUGUCAAGCAAUUUAAAUACUUCUGAACCAGAAAACAGGGAUUAUGAUUUCAGUCAAAGAAAUGAAGACCUCUCUACAGAUUUUUCAGAAAAAGUUCUUAAACUUCCACAAACCUCAGAAAACCACUUUCAGAACUUAUAUGAGGCCGGAGAUACGAUGGAAAACUCAAAUGAACAUAGAGAGCCAAAAUACAGUGAGUCUGUGACCCAGCUCCUUAUAAUAAAAGAGUUUCUUGAUGAAAAGCGUAUUGCACGUUUAGAGAAGUAUCUUGGACAACAGCAUCUUUUCAAAAUAGAGCAUUUGUUUCAUGACAUGGAAUUAGAGUUGAUGCUUGCUCAGAAACAUAGUUAUAAUCAAGAGGACACUGAAAAAGCUUUGGAUCAGAUCCUUGAAUCUUCAGAAUCUAAUAUUCUGGACAUUGUGAGCAAAAUUUUAGAUGCAAGGGAGUUGGAAAAUAAAGAGGAGAUUAAAGAAACAGAUUUGUUUGAUGAAGAAGCUGCUUUAAUGGAUGAUAUUCAAGAGCUAAUGUAUUCAUUAAGGCAAAAAUACUCUCCAGUUAGUGAGAGUGUUCCACUUGCAUCCCUUCCAAAACCAAAGAUGGACUUCCUCGAUCCAAAUAAAGGCAAAUCUCUACUUAUUAUAGUUAAUGAAAAACAAACAGAAUAUGACAGACAUACUGUGGAAACCCCGAUAAGGGGCAUAGAUCAAAAGUCUGUGCAGGACACAGAACAGACGUUUGAAAAAGAAGAAAUUGUUCACGUGGAUCAAUCAAAAGAGGAAGAGAACAUUUUGACAGAGACUGAAACGGUGGUUAAUAUGGGAAACAAGGAUGUUCCUGAGGGUGACAAAAAUUUGCCAAAUGUGGAUGUUGUCUUUGGAUCAGUUGAUUCAGAAAAAGAUUUCACUACAGGUCAAAUUAAUGCUAAGGAUGAUGCAAUGCAAGAAGAUAGUAAUCUAUCGGAAGGAAAUUCUGCUGUUCCAUACAUUCGUUCUAUUGUUGAUGAUGCAGUCCUGUCAGCCAAAAAAAAUAUGCAACCCAUCACAAAAAUUCUGGUUUCAACACUACCUGAAAACAUGCAGCCCGGCCCGGAUUUCCAUGGAUUUCCGUGGGAGCCCAUUAUUAUCACUGCCUUUGCUGGAAUUGCUACACUUGCUAUUUUCUUCUGGAGAACCUGUCUAUCUGUUAAGAGUAGAAUGUAUCAAGUGACAGAAGCACAGCUAGCAGAAAAAAUUAAGACUCUUCUGAAAGAAAAGACAGAAAUAUUAGAAAAGUUGUCAGAAUAUGAACAAAAGACAAAGGAAAGAGUAAAGGAAGCUGUGGAGGAAGGCCAGAAAGAAAAUUCAGGUCUUGCAGAGGAAAUCGCAAAGCUUAAGGACACAAAUAAACUUCUGGAUAACAGAAUGAAAAAUGUAAACGCCAUGCUAGAAGAGGAGAAAAAACACAGUUUGAAGAAACAGGAAGAAAUUAUGGAAGCACAUAAGUCUUUAGAGAAACUCCAGGAAGUCAUUACUUUGCAUACUGUAGAGCUCUCUGAGGUUCAGAUAGCUCUUAAUGAAGCUAAAUUAAGUGAAGAAAAAGUGAAGUCUGAAUUGCAUCGAAUACAAGAAGAAAAUAUGAGACUGAAGAAAAGUAAGGAGCAACUGCUGCAAGAAGCAGAGGGAUGGAGCGAAAGGCAUGCUGAGCUCAGUGAACAGAUAAAGUUAUAUCAGAAGUCUCAGAAAGUCACUGAAGAAGCACUUGCCCGUAAAGAAAAUGAAACUGAGGUUUUGACAAACUGCAUUAUGCAGCUGAAGCAACUUGAUGCAGAUUCUGAAUCAGAAGAUAAGAAACAGGAAGGAAAUGACCUGGCCAAUGGAGAGAUCUCAGAUUCCAGGAAUGCAAAGAUGAAGGCUCAGAUUAAACAGAUGAUGGAUGUUUCAAGGGUUAAAACAACAUUAUCUAUCAUUGAAGAAGAAAGAGAUAAUUUACGUUCCAAACUAAAUGAUGAAAUUGCAGCAAGACAUGAAUUGGAAGAGCAAAUCAAAAAGCUGGAGCAUGACUCAUGUUCCACACAGACAGUAAAAUCUCAGCUAGAAAGUGAGUGUAAAAUGCUCCAACAGAAAGUAGAGAUUCUUAAUGAACUUUAUCAGCAGAAAGAGAUGGCACUUCAAAAGAAAUUGACACAAGAGGAGUAUGAACGUCAAGAGAAGGAACAGACACUUUCUGCUGCAGAUGAAAAAGCAGUCCUGGCUAUUGAAGAAGUGAAAAUUUACAAGCAGAGAAUUCAGGAAAUGGAGGAAGAAUUGCAAAAAACAGAGCGGUCUUAUAAAAAUCAGAUUGCUGCUCAUGAGAAGAAAGCCCAUGAAAAUUGGCUCGCAGCACGUUCUGCAGAGAGAGUAUUAGUUGAAGAAAAAAGGGAAUCUGCCAGCUUGAGACAAAAAAUCAUAGAGGUGAAUCAGAAAAUAGCUUCCCUUCAGAGACCAAUAAUUGUUAAACCGACUGCAGGCCUGCCAGACCAUCAGACUUUACCUCGCAGAGGUCCAUUAAGUCGAGAUGGGUCUUUUGGGCCCUCACCUGUGAGUGGUGGUGCUCCUUCCCCACCACUGAUGAUGGAACCCCCUGUACGACCUCCUUCUGCCAAUCCAAGAGAUGGAUCAAGAGGUGAACUUAAUACUAUGACUGAUGGCCCUCCAGUCCAAAAAAGGCAUCCUGAUCUAUCAGGAAGAAUGUCUGCUCCAGAUCUUGGUCCUUCUGUAACAACACUGAUCAACUGUGGGCCAAGAACAUCUUCUCCUUCAACUGCAGUUCUUGAUGGAAUAGGGUGCAAUAUUUUACCAAAGCAAAAUCUUACCAAAGAGUUUGAGGUGACCCACGUUUCUGCUCCCCCACCUUCCUCUGGUGAAGCAACUGCAGUUAACAUUGGUUGUAAACCAUCUUUCCCGGGGGGGCCCAUGAUGACAUCCCCAGCAGUUGGGCCUUUGCCACCUCCUAUUCGGUUCGGACCACCACCCCGCCUGCCCUAUGGACCUCGGCCUCUUCCGCCCUCUUUAGUUCGUGGAGCUCUUCCACCUCCACCUAUGCCUAGAGAUUAUCCACCCGGUCCUCCAUUUGGAAUGCGAGAUUUUCCUCCUGUUCCACUGCCACCUCCUGAACAGAGAGGAUAUAUCCGUGGGCCACCUCCUUUCCGGCCACCUCCCCCCAGAGAUUAUCUUCCAGGUCCACGACUACCUCCACAAGGUUUAAGGGAUUAUUCUCCUCCUGUUAGAGACUUGCCACCUGCAAGGCCCAAUGACUACCAAGAAAGCCCUCCCUGUUCUCAGUCUCCUAGCUCACAAGACUCGGCACAUCUUCCUGAACAGAAACCAUGACUUCAGAUUUCUGGACUGAUUUUGAUCAUGUUUCAUGUGCUUGAGGCUUCAGUGGCUUCAGCAGGACUCUUCCUUCUAGAUUUGGUUUCAGUAUAGCUUUCUUUUUCUUUCCUUUUUUUUCUUUUAUUAUUUUUGGCAAAAAAUAAUUUCUAUAGUAAUGUGCAUUUUGAUAACCUUUAAAUCGGACUUGUUCAUCCUCUUUGGAUGUACUUAGAAUGUUUCUGUGAUAAGCCUGAAGCCUGCUUUUACAGCUGUGACCUACUCACAGCUCUCAACGUGCAAUAUAUGAGAAAUACCUGUAUAGUUAGUUUUUAAAUAAUGUAACCUAUGUAAAUGAUGUUAAAUGAUUUAAAAUUAUAAUCUGAACAUUUCCUGUGGAAA